AUGGAGGGGCAGAUAAAAUACUUUAUAUGUAGCUGGGAGAAGUCUCGUGAUUGCUGGCCCUUGUUCUUGUCCCCACAAGACUUCAACUUAUCAGAUGUCUGCUGCAAAUGCAGUACAGCAGAUAGAAAACAGCCUAGGAGAUUCCUGGAGUGUGUGGAAGAUAACUUCCUGACGCAACUGGUGAGGGAGCUGACUAGGGAAGGUGCCCCGCUAGACCUGCUUUUUGCAAACAGGGAAGGCCUUGUGGAUGGUGUGAUGGCUGGAGACUGUCUUGGGCACAGCAAUCAUGAAAUGCGAGAGUUUCCUCUUCUUGGAGAUGUAAGGAGGGGGAUCAGCAGAACUGCUGCUUUGGAUUUCCGGAGGGCAGACUUUGGCCUGUUUAGGAGCCUGGUUGACAGUGUCCCAUGGGAGGCAGUUCUGAAGGGCAAAGGAGUCCAGGAAGGGUGGACACUCUUCAAGGAGGAGGUCUUAAAGGACCAGAAGCAGGCUGUCCCUGUGUGCUGGCAGACGAAUUGCCGGGGAAGACCACCAGCCUGGCUGAACAGAGAGCUUUUGUGCAAGGAUCCACCCUACAAAGUUGAGGAAUCUGGGUAUGCUGGUUUCAUUUUACCAAUUGAGGUUUAUUUCAAAAACAAGGAAGAACCUAAGAAAGUUCGGUUUGACUAUGACUUAUUCCUGCACCUUGAAGGCCACCCACCUGUAAAUCACCUCCGCUGUGAAAAGCUCACAUUCAACAACCCGACAGAGGAAUUCAGAAGAAAGCUGCUAAAGGCAGGAGGGAUCAUGGUAAUGUCAGAUGGCACAUCAUUCUCUUCAGGACAGAGCCUUCAUCUCCCCAACCUUCCCAGUAACUCCCUGUCUUUUUCUGAAGUGAAGAAGAAAUCAUCUCAUGGGCUAAAGGACCCAAAUAGGAUUCUGAACAUAAAUAGCAGCAGCAGCAGUAGUAACAGUUUUUCAAAGAUCCACAAGUUAACAAAGGAGCACAAAGAAAAAACUUCUAAAGACUCAAAAGAACAUAAAAGUGCCUUCAAAUUAUCUUCCAGGGACCACAAAUCUUCCAAAGAAUCCUCUAAGAAACCCAAAGAAAAUAAACCGCUAAAAGAUGAAAAAAUAGUUCCUAAGAUGGCCUUCAAGGAACCGAAGCCCAUGUCCAAGGAGCCAAAAUCUGAAAACACCCCCAUCCUUACCAUAAUGGUUGGGCAGCAGCAAGAAAAGAAGACUCCCACAAAAAGGCCCUCUGUUCUGGACUCUGAUGAACCUUCUGCAAAAAAAAGAAAAAAAAGUGGCUCAGAUUCAUUAUUUAAAAGUUUUUCUAGCACCCCAUCACUGAUUCUUACUUGUUCAAGUGACAAAAAACAGACAAAGGACAAAUCUCAACUCAAAGUGGGGAGAGUCAAAAUUGAAAAUGAUGCACUGGAAAAGAAAACAACUACUCUGCCACCAUUUGAUGAUAUUGUAGAUCCCAAUGAUUCUGACAUGGAGGAAAACAUGUCCUCCAAAUCUGAAUCAGAACAGCCCAGUCCUGCCAGUUCCAGCUCCAGUUCCAGUUUUACACCAUCUCCAAACAGCAGACAACAAGGUCCGUUGAGGUCUAUAAUGAAAGAUCUGCAUUCAGAUGAUAAUGAAGAUGAAUCAGAUGAAGCAGAUGAGAAUGACAGUGAUUCUGAGUUGGAACAACCUGUAAAUGCACGAGGAGGAAGCAGGAGUCGCAGAGUUAGCCUGAGUGAUGGCAGUGACAGUGACAGCAGUUCAGCUUCCUUGCCACUACAUCAUGAACCAGCACCACCUUUACUGAAAACAAACAACAACCAGAUUUUCGAAGUGAAAAGUCCAAUAAAGCAAAACAAAUCUGAUAAACAAAUAAAAAAUGGGGAUUGUGAUAAGGCAUAUCUCGAUGAACUAGUAGAGUUACACAGAAGACUGAUGACACUGAGAGAGAGACAUGUAUUGCAGCAGAUAGUAAAUCUUAUAGAAGAAACUGGACACUUUCAUAUCACAAAUACAACCUUUGACUUUGAUCUUUGCUCACUGGACAAAACCACAGUUCGUAAACUACAGAGUUAUCUGGAAACAUCUGGAACCUCCUGAGGAUUCAGCAUCUGGCUGCAUCAAAAACUGUUCUGUAAAUGAAACAUUCAGAAUGAGGCAGCCAAAAUGGGGGGAUAAAACAAAACAACCCUCUUAAGCUUUAUUUUUCCUUAAAGCCAGUCAUCAUCUCUUGAUAAGGGAGAGGAAAAGUGACAAAACUCAGAGGACCACUCUUCUCAAGAAGAAAAUGCUCUGGAAGAGUUUGCCUGGAUAGCCUUGAAAAACAAACACACAGAAACAAACAAAAAUACUAGGUCUUAAUGAAUGUGUAUGUUAUCAUGUAUCUCUCUCUGUGGUGUUCCAGUCCACAAGAUGAAUGCAUGUUCAGCACACUGCCUUACUACAUAACUGAUCUAUUUAUUAUUGCAUACGUGUAUUCUAAAGUCAGUGAGUUAUUGAAUGAUACUACCAGAUGUUGCAAGUAGUGGGCUCCCAUGCGUGCUCUUUUGGUGCAGUACUAUCACAAGCCUGGUAAACUUAUUCAUGUUAAAAUGCCACUUCUUGCUAUCUUUCUAUAGUCACUUAGAACACUACAGUCUUGUUUCCACUUCUGCAGUUCCAGGAAACAAGAUAAAAAGUUGGGGACCAAACAGUGGUCCUGUAUUUUGUUUCUCAUCUACCACAGUGGGUUGGACCACAGCAGGUUGGACCGCAGGUCCUGGGUCCUAUC